CUCAUGACUCACCCACUUCUCUGUUCAUUACAUCAGGAAAGGGAGACAUGAAUCAUUCCUAGUAGGCUAAGGUCACAGAGCAUAAAAAUGUGGUCUUUGCAAUCUUUUUGCUUAAAAGCUGAUACUGAGUUAUAUAGCAAAUAUUUAUUGAGUUCCUGUUGUAUGACAGGACCUAUGCUAGGUGUUGGAAAUAGAAAUGAAUAAAACAUUUUCCAAUAGAAUGUUUAUAGUAUAGUGGAGAAUGUAGUUUUCCAAUUUCCCCUGCCUCUGAGGCUGAGAAUCUGGAUGUAGAGUUCUUGCAUGCUUAUAUAGAAGAUUAUGUAUUUUUAUGUAUUUAGAAUUUGAAAGUUAUAAAUUGUUUGCUUCCUUUUCUAGUAAACCUGGAAUUUCUUCUUCAGAGAUUGAACCCAAUAUUCUGUAAAUCACAGAAUAUUACAAUUGACUUGGCUCUUGCCUGGUGUGGUGGCACAUGCCUAUUACUCAGUGACUUAGGAGGCUGAGACAGGAGAAUCACGAGUUUGAGGCCAGAGUAAACAACUAAACCUCUCUCAAACUAAAAAAUGCAAAGGGCUGAGGAGGUAGCUCGGUGGCAAAGUGUCCUGGGUUAAAUCCCUAGCACCAAAAAAAGGAAAAAAAAAAAUUGAGUUGGCUUUCUCAUUUGAAGCUGAGGAAGCUGUGGAACUCAUAAGAAAGGAAGUGAUUUUCCCAAGGUCAAGUAGCAAGGGGCUAGUAUUACAGAUGGCCUGACUCCCACUGCAGUGCUCUUUCCACCUGAAGGAUCCUUUAUUCAGCUACUGAGGUUGAAGCCGAAUGAGAAUCUGAAAUUGUACCGAACCAAUUUAUUCCCUACCUACCAUAGUAAUCCUUGAAGAAAUGCAGCAGGAUAAAAGAGUUCAAUUUAUAAGUUGCUGUUCCGAACUGUAGUGGAGGAUUUGCAACUAGGUUUUUAUCCUGACGCUGCAUUUACUGGUUACCUUAAACUACUUAACUGCAUUUCUUUGAUUAAUGGUUUCCUCAUCUUCAAAAUAAGAUGAUGUUUGCUGUCCUUUGAGCUCAUCCUUGAAAGUAGAUGAGAUCUCCCAUACCCUGAGUUCCUCUUUUUUUGUAUAUGUCAGGACCUCUGCUGUGAGACUGAUGUGGAUACCAUCUAGUAGGUGGAAUACUCAGCCUGGUGCUUUAUAUAUUGAUGAAGUUCCUCACAGAAGACCAAGCACUGGGUGUUAAACAACUUGAUGAGAAAUUGUAGGUGACACUGUUGCCACUACUAGAGGAACCAGGGCCAGAAGCAGAAUUGGAAGAGUCUAGCUAAGUUAUCUGUAGUUAGUGAAAGAAUAAAUAGACCUGGCAUGAGAGUCAGGAAAUCUGCGUUCUAGUCUCAACUCCUGGUCAAAGGAAUUAAUAUUUUCUGGCGUUAGUUGCUUGUAAACAUCUGAUUAUGUCCAGGAAACAAUACUGGAGAUCCCCUUCAGGCUUAAAAUGUUAAGACUCCAAUAAGCUGACAUCACCACCCUAAUUGCACACUCUCUUCAGCUAGUAUGUGGCAAGUAGUAAGCAUAUUUAUUAAACAUCUUUAGAAAUAAGUAUGAAAUACAGUGUUAUAGUUCAUUAUCAACAUAGAAAACUUAGAAACUUUAGAUUGAAAUGAAGGACACUGUGAUAAAAUAUAGUAUAAAGUUCUGGGAAUAAUCAGUUGUUAAUGUUCUGCAUUACAUUUAACCUCCACUUGUCUUUCUUUAAUGCCAAGCAUAGUUUAGGAUUCCCUUUCUAAUUUGUUUAGUGAGACUUAGUGGAGCAAACAAAAUUUAAUAUUAGGUUAAACUAACCAAAAUUUUCUAAGGGAAGAGAUCUUAAAUUCUUUCUAAAAUAAUAAUAAAUUACUUUGGAAUUGUAUAUCUGGAAUAUUACAAUAUCAUCAAUUAUUCUUGGUACUACCUUCUUCAUAUUGGAAGUAGAGUUAACCAAUAAGCCAAAGCAAUUUGCAAUAAUAAAACUAAAUUCUUGACCUAUUUUUUUCAUGGUCUUAUAGUAUUUUAAGAUUUGUAAGGAUACUAUAGUAAUCAUUUCAUACAUUGUUUGGGGCCAAUAAAUCUUUGCUGUGGGCAGUUGUUCCAUGCAUUGUGGGAUGUUUAGUAACAUCCUUGACCUUUACCCACCAGAUGCCAAUAGCAUCACUAUCCCUUCCUGCAGUUGUGCCAACAAAAAAUAUCUCUAGACAUUGCUCAGGGUUCCCUGGGGAACAAAAUUGCCUGUAGGUGAGAACCACAAAUCUAGUGCAGAUUUCCAUUAAAUUCUAGAAAUACAUGUUAAGUGUUAUUAUUGAGCAUGUAGUCAACAGGUACUUGAAAGUUUCUGGGGAUAGGAAGAUCAUUGUGAACUAAGAAAACUUUUUUCUCACUUUCUGAAAACUUGCUUACUAAAUAUCAUCUUUGAAAAAUAGGGUGGGAUUCCUCAGAAACAAAUCCAGUUUUAGCAGAUAGAUGUUUACCCAGCUCCCUCUCCACUACAAAACACUGAAAGAUGCUGGAUGAAACACAACUUUUAAUGCAUAACUGAGCCUUUAAGAAAGCAGGGGAACUCCCCAGAAGAAGAACAACAACAAAAAGUCAAAUAUGAAAAUUUAAACGGCAUUAAAUAAAUGAGAUUUUAUGGGGACCAAAAGAUUUUAGUUUUAACGGCCAGGAAGGAUAAAAGAUGAAACCUUGCCUUGGAUCCACAUGAAGAAUGAAGUUCAUUAUCCCUUGUGAUGCCAGAGUUUUCAGUGAAAGAUAGCUUAGAAAAAUGUCACCCUGUGAUACGGAAAGACAAAUGAGAAACUUGUCUGUCUUGGCAGUGGGGGUGAGUAUGGUGGUUGUUAUAUUCUCUACCUUCUUACAUGGUGGGUGUUUAAUUUGUUUAAUAUGAAAUGACCCAGAAACAGCCAAGCAAAGUCACUAACAUUUAGUGGUUCUAGACUGAUGAUAACUGCUGAAGCAAUGAAGGGGCACAUUCUUAACCCAAGCCCUUGUGUACUUCUCUUAGUUAAAGCCUACUGUAAAUGAGCUUUCACUCACAAAUUUGUAAAACUUAAGUUUGAACUUCCUUCUUCCAGAAUUUUAGGUAAUAGGAAUAUCAGGCUGUUUUAAGUUAUAAAAAUCAUAAAGAGUAAACAAGAUAUGAUCAGAGCAUGAAGAGAUUUGUGGAGAGAGCUUGUAGGAAUUUAAAACAUCAAAAUGAAUAAAUCAUUCAGCAAAUUAAAAUAGGCUGAAUUUCUUAAAGAAAUCACCCAGAAUGCAACAGAGAAAUAAAGUGAUAGGAACAUGAAAGGCAUCAAGAGACAUAAAGGGUAAAAUGAGAAGGUUUAACAUAUAUUUAAAAAGAGCUCUAAAAGAAGAUAAAGAGAUUUAGGAGGGGCAAGAGUUAAAGAGAGAAUACCUGAAAUUUUCCAGAGUUCCUAAAAGACCUAAGUAUUUAGUGUAAGAAACCCAUUUAUUGUAACCUCUACAAAUAAAAAUGAAUCCACAUCUAAACAUAUUGUAAAACUACAGAAUAGGAAAAAUGAAAAGAAUGUUAAAAACACCCUCCCUCCAAAAAGACAAAUUAUUUACAAAGGAAAAACUUCUCAGAUUGACAGCUGAUUUUAUCAACAGGAGUGUUAGAAGCCAGGAAUCAUUAGAAUAGUAUUUUCGGAGUACUGAGGAAAUAAUUGACAGUCUAUAGGUUUAAACCAAGCUAUACUUUCAAGAAUAGUAGGAAUAAAGACCUUUUCAAAGAGACUAAGAUAAUUUACCAUUAACAGACCCUUGCUAAUUGAACUGCUCAAGGAUGUACCUCAGGAAGAAGAAAAUUGAACCUAAGAUGGAAGAAAUAAGAUCUAAGAAGGAAUGGAUUAAUGAGAAUGACCAGUCCUGCCACUGUUAUGAUACCCCAGGGUGGAAAUGUGUCAUCUUCCAUGAUGGCACCAGGCCCCAAUCCAGAGUUGCAGCCCAGGACCCCUCGCCCUGCUUCUCAGUCAGAUGCAAUGGAUCCACUCCUCUCUGGGCUCCAUAUGCAACAGCAGAGUCAUCCCUCAGGAUCUUUAGCUCCUCCUCAUCACCCAAUGCAACCUGUCCCCGUGAAUAGACAAAUGAACCCAGCUAAUUUUCCCCAGCUGCAGCAGCAGCAACAGCAACAACAACAGCAACAGCAGCAGCAGCAGCAGCAGCAACAACAAUUGCAGGCAAGACCCCCACAGCAACAUCAGCAGCAGCAGCAGCCACAGGGGAUUCGACCCCAGUUUACUGCCCCAACUCAGGUGCCUGUUCCUCCAGGCUGGAACCAGCUGCCUUCUGGAGCUCUUCAGCCUCCUCCAGCCCAGGGUUCUCUGGGCACAAUGACUGCAAACCAAGGGUGGAAGAAGUCUCCCUUGCCUGGCCCAAUGCAACAGCAACUCCAGGCAAGACCAUCCUUAGCCACGGUACAGACACCUUCCCACCCUCCCCCUCCAUAUCCCUUUGGCAGCCAGCAAGCCUCACAAGCCCAUGCAAACUUUCCUCAGAUGAGCAACCCAGGCCAGUUCACAGCUCCUCAGAUGAAGAGCUUACAGGGGGCGCCCUCCAGGGUCCCAACCCCGCUGCAGCAACCCCACCUCACCAACAAGUCUCCUGCCUCCUCACCCUCCUCCUUCCAGCAGGGAUCCCCUGCAUCCUCCCCAACGGUUAACCAAACUCAGCAGCAGAUGGGACCAAGGCCACCUCAAAAUAACCCACUUCCCCAGGGAUUUCAGCAACCUGUCAGCUCUCCAGGUCGGAAUCCUAUGGUUCAACAGGGAAAUGUGCCACCUAACUUCAUGGUGAUGCAGCAGCAACCACCAAACCAGGGGCCACAGAGUUUACAUCCAGGCCUAGGAGGAAUGCCUAAACGCCUCCCACCUGGCUUCUCAGCAGGACAGGCCAAUCCGAACUUUAUGCAAGGUCAGGUGCCUUCUACCACAGCAGCCACCCCUGGGAAUUCAGGAGCCCCUCAGCUGCAAGCAAAUCAAAGUGUCCAGCAUGCAGGUGGUCAAGGAGCUGGUCCUCCUCAAAACCAGAUGCAGGUGUCCCACGGGCCACCAAAUAUGAUGCAGCCCAGCCUCAUGGGAAUUCAUGGCAACAUGAACAACCAGCAGGCUGGUAGUUCUGGGGUUCCACAGGUGAACCUGGGCAACAUGCAAGGCCAGCCCCAACAGGGCCCACCUUCUCAGCUGAUGGGCAUGCACCAGCAGAUUGUACCCUCCCAGGGUCAAAUGGUCCAGCAACAAGGAACUCUGAAUCCUCAAAACCCUAUGAUUCUUUCAAGGGCCCAGCUUAUGCCACAGGGCCAGAUGAUGGUGAACCCUCAGAACCAAAAUCUUGGGCCUUCACCCCAAAGGAUGACCCCACCCAAGCAGAUGCUGUCCCAGCAGGGCCCACAAAUGAUGGCACCACAUAACCAGAUGAUGGGGCCUCAGGGACAAGUUUUGCUCCAACAGAACCCAAUGAUAGAACAAAUCAUGACCAAUCAGAUGCAGGGGAAUAAGCAGCAGUUUAACACUCAGAACCAAUCCAGUGUCAUGCCGGGACCAGCACAGAUAAUGAGGGGACCAACUCCGAACAUGCAAGGAAACAUGGUGCAGUUUACGGGACAGAUGUCAGGACAGAUGCUGCCCCAGCAAGGGCCUGUGAACAACAGUCCAUCUCAGGUUAUGGGGAUUCAGGGACAGGUCCUGAGGCCACCAGGGCCCAACCCGCACAUGGCCCAGCAGCAUGGUGAUUCUGCAACUACAGCAAAUAAUGAUGUCAGCUUGUCUCAAAUGAUGCCUGAUGUUAGCAUGCAACAAACCAACAUGGUUCCCCCCCACGUGCAGGCCAUGCAGGGAAACAGUGCCUCGGGAAACCACUUCUCAGGCCAUGGGAUGCCUUUCAAUGCACCUUUCAGUGGAGCACCCAAUGGAAAUCAGAUAUCCUGUGGUCAGAAUCCAGGCUUUCCUGUCAAUAAGGAUGUAACGCUAACAAGCCCAUUGUUGGUCAACUUAUUGCAGAGUGACAUCUCUGCGGGUCAUUUUGGGGUAAACAAUAAGCAAAAUAAUACCAACGCAAAUAAACCUAAGAAGAAGAAACCCCCUCGGAAGAAGAAAAAUAGUCAGCAAGACCUAAACACCCCAGAUGCUCGUCCAGCUGGUCUGGAGGAGGCUGAUCAGCAACCAUUGCCUGGAGAACAAGGAAUUAACUUGGACAACACAGGCCCUAAACUGCCAGAGUUUUCAAAUCGGCCACCAGGUUAUCCUACUCAACCAGUUGAACAGAGGCCACUGCAGCAGAUGCCUCCUCAACUCAUGCAGCAUGUGGCACCCCCACCACAGCCACCACAGCAGCAGCCACAGCCACAAAUGCCUCAGCAGCAGCAGCAGCAGCCUCCACCUCCUAAUCAGCCGCAGUCUCAGCAGCAGCAGCAGCAGCAGCAGCAGCAACAGCAGCAACAACAACAACAAAUGAUGAUGAUGCUCAUGAUGCAGCAAGAUCCCAAAUCCGUUAGACUUCCAGUUUCCCAAAAUGUUCAUCCCCCAAGGGGACCUCUGAACCCAGACUCUCAGAGAAUGUCCAUUCAGCAGAGUGGCAAUGUACCUGUCAUGGUCAGUUUGCAAGGACCUGCCUCUGUGCCACCAUCACCUGAUAAACAAAGAAUGCCAAUGCCUGUAAAUACUCCUUUGGGAAGUAAUUCGAGGAAAAUGGUAUACCAGGAGAACCCACAGAAUCCUUCUAGUUCACCUCUGGGAGAGAUGUCCUCACUUCCUGAAGCAAGUGGCAGUGAAGUUCCAUCGGUGUCAGGAGGCCCAAAUAACAUGCCUUCACAUUUAGUGGUUUCCCAGAACCAGUUAAUGAUGACAGGGCCUAAACCUGGACCAUCACCCCUUUCAGCAACUCAAGGUGCAACUCCCCAGCAACCCCCUGUAAAUUCCCUUCCCAGCUCCCAUGGCCACCACUUUCCAAAUGUGGCUGCUCCAACCCAGACAUCUAGGCCUAAAACACCAAACAGAGCUAGCCCCAGACCCUAUUAUCCUCAGACACCCAACAACCGCCCUCCCAGCACAGAACCUUCAGAAAUCAGUCUGUCACCAGAAAGACUUAAUGCCUCCAUAGCAGGACUCUUCCCUCCACAGAUCAAUAUUCCAUUACCUCCUAGGCCAAAUUUAAAUAGGGGCUUUGAUCAACAGGGCCUAAAUCCAACAACUCUGAAGGCCAUUGGGCAAGCACCUUCAAAUCUUACCAUGAAUAAUCCUUCCAAUUUUGCAACCCCACAGACUCACAAAUUAGAUUCUGUGGUGGUGAAUUCUGGAAAGCAGUCUAAUUCUGGAGCAACAAAACGAGCUAGUCCAAGCAGCAGUCGCAGGUCUAGUCCUGGGUCCAGUAGGAAAACUACCCCAAGUCCUGGGAGGCAAAAUUCAAAAGCCCCUAAACUUACUCUGGCAUCUCAAACAAAUGCAGCCCUGUUACAGAAUGUGGAGUUACCAAGAAAUGUGUUGGUCAGUCCCACUCCUCUGGCCAAUCCCCCCAUACCUGGGAGCUUUCCUAACAACAGUGGGCUGAAUCCUCAGAAUCCCACCGUGCCCAUGGCUACAGUGGGGGCUGUUCUCGAGGAUAACAAGGAGAGCUUGAAUAUGCCUCAGGACAGUGAUUGCCAGAAUUCCCAGGGUAGGAAGGAGCAGGUAAAUGUUGAGCUAAAAGCAGUCCCUGCCCAAGAAGUUAAAAUGGUUGUCCCUGAAGAUCAAUCCAAAAAGGACGGGCAGCCUUUGGAUCCUAACAAACUUUCCAGUGUUGAAGAUAACAAAACUUUGGUGUCUCCUGCCAUGAGGGAAGCACCAACAUCAUUAAGUCAACUUCUUGACAACUCUGGAGCUCCUAACGUGACCAUUAAACCCCCUGGGCUUACCGAUCUGGAAGUAACACCUCCAGUAGUUUCAGGGGAGGACCUCAAAAAAGCACCUGUCAUUCCCACACUGCAGGAUCCGUCUUCUAAAGAGCCCUCGAAUUCCCUAAACUUACCUCACAGUAAUGAGCCAUGUUCAACCCUUGUGCAUCCAGAAUUGAGUGAGGUCAGUUCCAAUGUUGCACCAAGCAUCCCUCCAGUAAUGUCAAGACCUGUCAGUUCUUCCUCCAUUUCCACUCCCUUGCCCCCAAAUCAAAUAACUGUUUUUGUCACUUCCAACCCCAUAACCACUUCAGCUAACACAUCGGCAGCCCUGCCAACUCACUUGCAGUCUGCUUUGAUGUCAACGGUUGUCACAAUGCCAAACGUGGGUAGCAAGGUUAUGGUUUCUGAGGGACAGUCAGCAGCUCAGUCUAAUGCCCGGCCUCAGUUCAUUACGCCUGUCUUUAUCAACUCGUCCUCAAUAAUUCAGGUUAUGAAAGGAUCACAGCCAAGCACAAUUCCUGCGGCCCCACUGACAACCAACUCUGGCCUGAUGCCUCCCUCUGUUGCAGUUGUUGGUCCUUUACACAUACCUCAGAACAUAAAAUUUUCUUCAGCUCCUGUACCAACUAAUGCCCCUGCCAGUAGUCCUGCUUCUAACAUACAGACAAAUCGACCCUUGGUCCUUAACUCACGAGCCACUCCUGUUCAGCUUCCUUCACCUCCUUGUACAUCUUCUCCAGUUGUUCCUCCUCAUGCCCCUGUCCAGCAAGCAAAAGAAUUGAAUCCAGAUGAGGCCAGUCCUCAGGUGAGCACCUCAGGAGAUCAGAGCUCUCUGCCCUCUUCACAGUCAACCACAAUGAUUUCUCCCCUUUUGACCAACAGUCCAGGCUCCUCUGUCAACCGACGAAGCCCAGUCUCAUCUAGUAAGGGGAAAGGAAAAGUGGACAAAAUUGGCCAGAUUUUGCUGACCAAGGCAUGUAAGAAAGUUACAGGCUCUCUUGAAAAAGGGGAAGAGCAAUAUGGUGCAGAUGGAGAGACUGAAGGCCAAGGGCUAGAGACCACAGCUCCUGGACUUAUGGGAACAGAGCAGUUAUCCACAGAACUGGACAGUAAAACCCCAACGCCCCCAGCACCUACUCUGCUAAAAAUGACCUCUAGUCCAGUAGGCCCGGGCUCUGCCUCAGCAGGACCCAGCUUACCUGGCGGUGCUCUCCCCACCAGUAUGCGCUCAAUAGUACCCACUCUGGUAUCCUCUGAGCUCAUCUCCACGACGCCAACCUCUAAAAGCAAUCAUGGUGGCAUAGCAUCGGAGCCACUUGUGGGUGGCCUAGUGGAGGAGAAGGUGGGAUCCCAUCCAGAGCUUCUACCCAGCAUAGCCCCUUCACAGAAUUUAGUUCCAAAGGAUACUCCAGCCACAACACUGCAGGGGCCUGUUGCCAGAUCAGAACUCGAGGCAAAUGCUGCCAUAGUCUCUGGACAAAGCAGUGAGCCAAAAGAGAUCGUUGAAAAGUCCAAAACCCCAAGCCGAAGAAACUCCCGAACUGAAGAGCCAACUGUGGCUUCUGAAAGUGUGGAAAAUGGACAUCGUAAGCGAUCCUCCCGACCUGCUUCAGCCUCCAGCUCUACUAAAGACAUAACCAGUGCAGUGCAAUCAAAACGAAGAAAAUCCAAGUAAAACAAGCUGGAUGGUGACUUGAUACUUGUAAAUGUGUGUGAAUUUUACAAAGAGCAAUUUUGAGCUGUGACUUUUUUAAAUCUAUUUCUGUACAGUUAGUCAUUUUAAUAAUGUGGCCCUUUUCCUAGUCCCUGCAACCUGUUUUGUAAAGUGCAAUGGGGAAAGCAGGGUUGUUGAGCCCUUUUGGUGUUGCAAGAUGAAGUUCAAGGUUUUUAAAAUGUUGCCAUGUAUUGAGAGGAGCUAAUGCCAUUAUAAAUGUUAUUAGUUUUCACAUUUCCUAAGCAGCCUAGAGUACAGGGUGAACAUUUUUAGGUCUUCUAAUGAUGUAUUGUGCUGUGGAAGUACUGUGUGUGAAUAGUCGUAGCAGGGGCAAAAGCAAUCUUGUCAUUUGGAAAUGUUGUAAAUAAUUUUAUUAUAUAGUGUUUUGGAUGUAUUUGUUGUAGAAAUGGACCAGUGAAUAAAGAGAAUCUAAGGGUUUGUUACAAUGUGAAAUACUGAAUGUGCUAAAUAAAUGUCAUUGUCAUAGAACAUAAAAGUAAGUUAUUGGCAAAGGAUCAUUGGGAGAGCAAGCUUUCUUUGAACCAUAAAUGAGUAGAACAGUCUUCUUUGUGAAUUAGAACAUCCUUAUGAAAUGCCCACCUGGCAAGUUGAGGAAAUGCGUAUGCUUGCUCACUCAAUUCAUUGGCUUUGAAGAAACCAGCCCAGUUCAGCACUAUACCAGAUACUUUGGUAUAUUCUGGUCAGAUUUCUUGUGGUUGUAAAUAGCAACUGACUUAGGGUCAAAGGUCACCCAAGAUUUUCUAGAGACAAAAAACUGUCAGCAAUUCAAAUGGCACUUUUCUCCACAUCAUAUAUCUGCUUCUCCUUCAUGUGUGUGACAGAGUGCCUCAAACAACUGUUUACAUCUCCUCCAUUGAGGAGCUAAGCCUGGUCUAAUCAUCAAGAUUAUUUGUACCAGCAUCAAGAAUUUAUCCCACUAGUGGCUGGGGUUGUGGCUCAGUGGUAGAGCACUUGCCUUAGCGCAUGUGAAGCUCUUGGUUCCAUCCUCAGCACCACAUAAAAAUAAACAAAGCAAAGGUAUCGUGUCCAUCUACUACUACAAAAAGUGCAAUGGGGAAAGCAGGGUUUCCACCGUUAGUCCAGUUCUCUAGUUACAUGGGCAACUUCUAAGUUAAAGGGGUCAUUUUAUGUUAUAUAUUUCAGAGAUGUCUACCACAUCCCACUCUUGAGCUGCCCUAUAUCUAAUCUGUAUCAGGCCUAAGAAUGACUUCUCAUCAACAUACCCAAAUUUUUCCCUUUCCUGACUCAGUUCUUUAAAAUUUGCAUAGUCUCUAAAGCUAUCUGCUUCUGCCCCAGCCCUCAACCUUCAGGGAACUCCAGCGGUUGGGGUUCCCUGGCCAUGUCUCAUUGUGGGCCUCAGCCUUUUCACUCUCUCCCCUAGGGCUAGAUUUAGACUUCAUUCCUUCCCCUACAGUGGCUCCUUGCCCUUGCCAUAAUUCAGUGCCUAAGACCAAAAAAGUGAGUUGGUGAUUCUACUCUGUCUUGCUCUUAUUCUCAUCUGUUUCAACUCUUAAUAUGUAUCUUUUAUUAUAAGGAUCCUCUAAAAAUAUUUUUUAUGAGUCAGACCCCAAAGUGUAUGGCUCUGUUCCCAGCAAGCUUAUCUACCUUCUUCUUCUCCUGUAUGACACAGAACCAAAGCCAGUUUAAUAAUACCCUAUGCCUCAACUGUGCUUGAGAUUACAUAGUGCUUCU